CUGCGCUCGCCGCAGUGGCACUGCGCGCCGUCCCAGACCGCCUCCGCGGCGGCGCGCGGCGGCGGCGCGGCCGCGUCGGCGCCCGCGCCUUCGAGAGCGAGCUCGGCGUGCAGGCGCCCCUGGGCUACUGGGACCCGCUCGGGCUUGCCUCUGACGGCGACUUCGAGGAGUUCUAUCGCCGCCGCGAGGCGGAGCUCAAGAAUGGCCGCGUGGCCAUGUACGCGACCAUCGGCUACAUCGUGCGGCGGCCUCAGACUGCGGCGGGCCGGCGGGCCUGUCCCCGUCCGCGGACCUCACCUUUCAGAAGGUGCCCAACGGCAUCGACGCCGUCAAGGUCGUGCCGCUCGAGGGCUGGCUGCAGAUUAUCGCGUGGUGCGGCUUUUUCGAGCUGUGCGUGA